AUGGACAAUAAUAAUUUGUUAGAAGAUCUUAUUUCAAGAAAGUAUAGUGACAUAAAUAAAUUGGAUAACUGCGGGAAAACUCCUUUGCAUAUCUCCGCUGAAAGGGGCAAUACGUUUUUCGGAAAUCUUCUAUUAAAAGGUGGAGCGGAUAUCCAAGUGAAAACAUCAGGUUUCUUUGGGUCUGGAAAAACCCCUUUACAUUUAAGUGCAGAGAAAGGUCACAAAGAUUUUGUUGAACUUUUGGUUCAGUGGAAGGCAUCUAUCAAUGAAAAGACUAAGUUUUGUGGUAAAACAGCUUUACAUUUGUGCGUAGAAAAUGGACAUAAUGAGAUAGCCGACGUUUUGUUAGCUGCAGGUGCUGAUGUAAAUCUACAUGACUAUAAUAAUAGGACAGUUUUGCAUAUCAGUGCAUGUAGUGGAAAUAAGAAACUGGUUCAGUCGCUUCUAGAAAGAGGUGCCGAUAUUAAUAAAAAGGAUGAUUACGGUAGAACAGCUUUACAUUACUGCGCAGCAAUGGGAUAUAAUGCCAUCGUUGAUCUUUUGUUAAAAUAUAAAGCUUCACCAAACAUCAGAGACGCCCUGGGUGAAAUACCUUUACACUAUGCUGCCGUCUACGAGCACCCAAAAACAGUUUCAACUUUGGUGAAAUUUACAGAUUUUAUAGACACGGAAAACUAUUGGAACAGAACAGCUUUACACUACAGCACCCUGAGAGGUCACACAGAAGUGGUGACGACGUUACUUGAAACCGGAGCUGGCGUUGACGUCAUAGACUAUUACGGGAAAACCCCACUGCACUAUAGCGCUGAGGGAAACACUGUUGACGUCAUGAAAGUGCUCAUUCAACAUGGCGCCAACCUCGACAUUGCUGACACUUCUGGUCAGACAGCCUUGGAAGUGGCCAUACAAAAUUCAAACGAUGACGCUGUUGCAAUUCUAAAACGACACGGCGCUGAACUGUUGAAACAAAAGAGAAAUAAAUUCAUGACACCGCUGAGAUAUAUCAGAAGUCUAGUAAACGAAAUUAUUUGUUAUAUCCUGAGGGUAUUAAUGCAUUUCACAAACACCAGUUUAUCAGAAAGUUUUAGACUUUGUACAUUUUCUACACCUACAGAAGACGAAAACAAGCAUAACUUUGGUAAUACUGGAAUAGAAGUUUCAGCAUCUGAAGAUACAAGCUAUGUACAAAAAGAAAUUGGUGUAACAAAUACAACACCCACUACAAGACUAACUACUAAUACAACAUCAACUAGAACACCAUCCACGUAUACAACACUAAAUACGUAUACAACAUCAACUGCUAAUAUAACACCAACUUCUAAUACAUCACAAACUACAACACCAAUUACUUGUAUUACAUCGACACAAUCUGCAUGGGCUAAAACUGGCCCAAGUAAUGAUACUACAGCAGUAUUUACCAACACAACAGCAAAAACUACAGACGCCACAAGUGCUACAGAAAUAAAAUCAGCUGUUGAAACAAAAAUCUACCAAACUUCUCUCUAUUCUAAAUCUACUCACAUUAAGUUAUCUGAAUACAAUUCGCGCAUUCUAAAAAACACACGAGAUAACUCCAGUCCAGUUCAAGAAAGCUUAACACAGACAAAACUUGAAACGUUUGGGGAGAAUCGUCAGACAUUCUUUGAAAAACAUGAAUUGUUGGAUGACGCAUACCGUGCUCAAGAAAAUGCAAGUGUACUACGUCAAACAAACGAUAAACAGGAUGUGAUGGUCAAACGCAAAAAGACUAGCACCCUGAAAGUUGCCAAGCAAAAGAAAAGGAGAGGAACAAAAAACAAUAUUAUAAAGAACUAUAAUUUGCACUGCAGGCAAAUGAUCAUUGACAAAGUCGACUAUCUAACGACAAAUGGAAACCAGAACUUUUAUUAA